AUGGACGAUGGUGCUGUGCUUAAGAAAAAAGGUUAUGUUCUGGGGAAUACCCUGGGUGAGAGUUCCUUUGCCAAAGUGAAAUCUGCUUACUCGGAGCGUCUGAAAUUUAAUGUGGCUGUGAAAAUCACAGAUAGGCGGAAAGUUCCAAAUGAGUUCCUGGAGAAAUUUCUACCUCGGGAGUUGGAGAUCUUGUCAACCGUGAAUCACUGCUCCAUCAUCAAAAUCUACGAGAUCUUUGAGACUGCUGGAAAAGUCUACAUUGUGAUGGAGCUUGGUGUUCAGGGGGAUUUAUUAGAGUUUAUUAAGAGCAACCGGGGGCUGCCCGAAGAAGUGGCCUGCCGGAUGUUUCGUCAGCUGUGUUGUGCCGUCAAAUACUGCCAUGACUUAGAUGUGGUGCACCGCGACCUGAAAUGUGAUAAUGUCCUUCUUGACAAAGACAUGAAUGUCAAACUGUCAGACUUUGGCUUUUCCAAACGGUGUUUUCGAGAUGGGAAUGGCAAAAUCGUGCCCAGCGAGACAUUUUGUGGCUCUGCAGCGUAUGCUGCUCCAGAAGUGAUCCAGGGCAUUCCUUAUCAUCCCAAAGUUUAUGACAUGUGGAGCUUAGGCGUGAUCCUGUAUGUCAUGGUUUCUGGAUUCAUGCCUUAUGAUGAUUCCAACGUCAAACGGAUGCUCCGCUUGCAGAAGGAACAUCGGAUCCUCUUCCCCGAGUUUCUGAGUCUUGAAUGCAAAGACCUUAUUUUCCGCAUGCUUCAGCCUGAUGUUUCUCACCGACUACGGAUUGAAGAGGUUCUAAACCACCCUUGGGUGCAAGGAAAGCACCUGAACUCAGGGUUGCCUCAAGAGACUAUGGAUGAUGCAGAAGUGCUUAAAAAGAGAGGCUAUAUCAUGGGUAUCAAUCUUGGAGAAGGCUCGUAUGCGAAAGUGAAAUCUGCCUAUUCAGAACGGCUGAAGUGUAAUGUUGCAGUAAAGAUCAUAGAUAAGAAAAAAGCUCCCCGAGACUUCCUGGAGAGGUUUCUCCCUCGAGAGAUUGAGAUGCUGGCAAGAGUGAAGCAUCAUGCUAUCGUCAAGACCUAUGAAAUCUUUGAGACCUCUGAAGGGAAAGUGUAUAUUGUAACUGAACUCGGAGUCCAGGGAGACUUGCUGGAGUUUAUUAAGAGGAAAGGAGCCAUUCCUGAAGAAAUCGCCCGCAAAAUGUUCCACCAAUUAGCCAGUGCCAUUAAAUAUUGCCACGAGUUGGACAUUGUCCACCGGGACUUGAAAUGUGAGAACCUCCUUCUGGACAAAGAAUACAACAUCAAAUUGACAGAUUUUGGGUUUUCCAAACGCCUGUCUCGUGAUGAUGAUGGACGGGUAAUUCUCAGCAAAACCUUCUGUGGGUCUGCGGCCUAUGCAGCUCCUGAAGUGCUACAGGGCAUACCCUACCAGCCCAAGGUCUAUGACAUCUGGAGUAUGGGUGUCGUGCUGUUUAUCAUGGUCUGUGGCUCCAUGCCUUACGAUGACUCAAACAUUAAAAAAAUGCUCAAGCUGCAGAAGGAACAUAGGGUGCACUUUCCCCGGUCCAAAGUGCUAUCGGUGGACUGCAAGGACCUCAUCUACCAUAUGCUUCAGCCUGACGUGUCCCGUCGGCUAUGCAUCGAUGAGGUUCUCAUGCAUGCUUGGAUGCAGGAACCAAAAUCCAUUUCAGAGUCCAUGCUGACAAAAUCAGAACCUGGGUCCAAGCAACAGAGAUUAAUUCACCAAUACUUCUCCCAGCUUUAUGACAUCACAUGGAAACAGCACCCUUUAAACAAUGCUCAAAGUUCUAUAUCAACCAGCCUCCAGGAGCUUCCAUGGCAAGAACUGGACCAUCUCCUGAUGACCACACACCAUGGAACACACACUAAGUGGCUGAAUGCAUAUGUCAACCAUGUGACCGAACUUCUCGUAACAACGGCCUACAGCAUCAUGGAUGAUGCUGCCAUCCUUAAAAAAAGAGGCUACAUCAUGGGAGGGAAUUUAGGAGAGGGAUCUUAUGCAAAGGUGAAAUCUGCUUUCUCAGAACGGCUGAAAUUUGAUGUAGCUGUAAAAAUCAUUGACCGGAAGAAAGCACCUCCUGAUUUUUUGGAGAGGUUUCUUCCAAGAGAAAUAGACAUCUUAGCCAAAGUGAACCACCGCUCUAUCAUAAAAACGUAUGAGAUCUUUGAAACUUCAGAUGGCAAAGUGUACAUUGUGAUGGAGCUUGGCGUCCAAGGGGACUUACUAGAAUUCAUCAAGUCUAAAGGGGCAAUGCCCGAAGACAUCGCUCGUAAGAUGUUCCGUCAACUGUGUGCCGCUAUUAAGUACUGCCACGAUGCUGACAUAGUGCAUCGUGAUUUGAAAUGUGAAAACCUUCUCCUAGACAAAGAUUACCACAUCAAGCUUUCAGACUUUGGCUUUGCUAAACGCCUGGUUCGUGAUGACGAUGGCAAAAUUAUUUAUAGCAAAACCUUCUGUGGUUCUGCUGCUUAUGCAGCUCCUGAAGUAUUGCAAGGCAUCCCUUAUGAGCCCAAGAUUUAUGACAUGUGGAGUCUGGGUGUCAUCCUAUACAUCAUGGUCUGUGGUUCUAUGCCUUAUGAUGAUUCAAACAUCCGGAAAAUGCUACGGUUGCAGAAAGAACAUAGGGUGCAUUUCCCCAAGUCCAAAAAUCUGACCGUUGAAUGUAAAGAUCUUAUUUAUCGCAUGCUUCAACCCGACGUGUCCCGACGGUUGCGUAUCGAAGAGGUUUUAAGUCACAUAUGGAUGCAGUCCAGCAAAGUUAGAGCUUUAUCAACAACUUCUGUUGGGAAAAAUGGAGAAAGCUCACGGACUACGGGUGAGCAAAAGGCAGAGCAGAGAUCAGAAGGGGAGCAGAACAAAACUGAGUCUAAACAAGCCACCGCCGCCACUGCCACCGCCGUCGCCCCCCGACUGGAAGUGGUUGAAGAAGUAGAGGAGGUGUCUGAAGGAGAUAAGCAGGACGAAGUGGAGAAAAUCGCAGAGGUGUUUGAAACAAACCUCUAACGUUGUUCCACCAACAGAUGCCCUUGCCCCAAAUCAGCAAGAACAUCAUGUAACAGGUAGCCCAGGUAACCAACUGGAGAAAGUGGUGUGUGGGGUAAAGAUAAGAGCCAAACAGAAGAAGCUAUCAGAAACUAAAGACGAUACUGAAAAAGGGUUACUGUAUGUGAAAGGCCAUUUUAUUAAAUAUUUUUUAAAUGGAUAAACCUUGGGCUGUAACUGGCAACUACUGAUGAAUCUUACCCAUACAUGCAGAAGGCAAGAAGAUGUAGUUAAACCACCCAAAAACCCAGCCUAGAAGCCUCUGAAAAAAGCCUCUGCAAACAGAAGCUGAGCAACAACUGGAGAGCUGGUCUCCCACUCUAGCGUCAUUUAUUUACUUACAAAGAUUCAUGUGCAGCUCCAGGCCAAGGAAAUGGGUGACAAACCCAUCCUAAUUCUCAAAGGAUGGAGGGUCAGGCCUUACUUAAGAUAAGGAAAAAGCAGGUGGUAGCUAAAAGACUGUUAACUCCACAAAAGCCAUUCCAACUUGGCUUAGUUGUCCUACUAGAAAUAUCCCACAACAAUGCAAAAACACUAGCUAUCGAUAGACAGCCGCAUCGUUUGGUGUCAUUAUCCUGACUAUCAUCAUAGAAACUUUAACCAGAAAAGGACGUCAAUGGUCCUGUUCCCUUGAUGUCCCCAGUACUGAGCUGAUUCAGGUAUUUUGAUGGGGGAAGUUUAGCACUAUGUCACAGCUACCUCAUCUAACUAAAAAAUGCUCUUUUCCCAAAGAAUGCUACACAGCAUCCACUAGGUUCCUAUGACCAGCUAGAUCAUAGAUGUUGGUGGAUCCAUAUUUCAAUCUAGAUGGGCAUGGGGCUUUCUUCCACCAAUUUUCUUUACUGUUGUUUUUUUUUAGCUAUUCCUUCGGUGAAAUGACUCAUGAUCUCACAGAUGUUAGGCUGAAAUGGUCCUUAGCCCAGCCAACAUGCUAUUUGCAAUUUGUAGUUCAGCGGGUUUCAUCAGUUGGCAAAAUAAAUACUGUUCUAACAGACCACCAAUAGUUAUCAUCUGACAAGCAGACUAUAACAACAGAAGCUGGGUACAGCAGGAUUACAUAUUGCGGUUCAAGUGCCUCCUUCCUAUCUUACUCUCCAUGAAUCUUAGAAUACAAAACACCAGAUGGUUCCCAUUUAACGUGACAGUAGAAGACAUGGGAGGCUAAUCCUUCUCCUGCUUUUUUUUUUUUAAUUUUACAAAAAUCAAGGCUUAGUUUGCCCAACAAUAGAUAAUGGUGAUUUGUAUAUUGCUACCCUGAGUUAAUAGCACUUUCUUUAAAAGCAUCACAGGGUCUCACUACUCCAGCAAAACUGUUGGGGUGCAAAACUGCUGUUCACUUUAAAUCAUGCCUAUUACCAUAAUUGUAAAGAGAACUUACGGCUUUGAGGGAGGUUAGGGAGUUGCCCCCUUAAGCUUCUCAGGUUGACCUAACAUGCUGAAAACUCCCCCUUCUCUUUUUCAGCACCCCUUUGGCCAGAAUCCUAGCUUUCACCACUCAAGUUCAAAAAAUAAAACUAUUCGUUUACAUGUAUAAUGACUUAACACAUUUUAUCCCACCCUUCCCAUUCUGUUGUAGCUUUUCCGCCUCUCUGGGGAGUAUCAUCUUCCAGCUGAAAUCAGCCAGGGUUUCUAUGCUCCUUUAUUAUUAAUAUACAGUCACAGAUCAAAAAACCAGAGUUAAAAUACAACGCAUCCAAUAUGAAAGCCCCAUUCAUAAAAGAAACAUUUGCAAGCAUAAUUGGAUUUGGUCUGAAUCUUGUGACUUCUAACAGCAAUUGCUUAUAGCACAGAAUUCAGCCGCUUUUCUGGAAACGUGAGAAUGCUGAUCAUUCAGCAAGAAAUGCAGAGUUGUCUUCUGAGUCUAACCCAAAGAGUUGAUGAAUUAGAGGAAAGCUUAGCUUCUAGCUCUAAGAGCAACGUGUGGGACAAUUCAAAAGUACCUAAGCAGCUGAUUCAAUUUCAGUAUCUGAACCUAAGAAGAGCCGUGGUGGAGCAACCCACCAACCCCAAGAACGUGCUAAAAAAGUAUUUGGGAGUGACAAGGGGCCGAUAAUAAACUCCUUGUAGCAGAGAUGUGAGUAUCAGCUCUAUUCCUCUACACAUCAAGAUCUAAGGUUCCCUGCUUUUUCCAGACCCAGUAUAGACAUGGAGAUCGUAUUUCCAUU